AUGAAAACAACUAUAACAUUAAGCAUUGUUAUCCUCAAUCUUGUCGUCUUGUGCAAUCUAUGGAUAACUGCAAGUGUAAACCCUGCAAUGCAUAAAAAGAAUUCAACUAAUCCAGAAGUUAUGAAGAAGAGGUAUGAAACUUGGCUGAAACAACACAGACGACAUUACAGGGACAGAGAAGAAGAGGAAGUUCGUUUUGAUAUUUACCAAUCAAAUGUUCAGUUUAUAGAGUUCUACAACUCUAGAAACUAUUCUUACAAGCUCACAGACAACAGGUUUGCAGAUCUUACAAAUGAAGAAUUCAGAAGCAAGUAUUUAGGUUUUCUACCUCGGUUGCAUGCACAGGCAAAAACCAAGUAUCAUAAACAUGGAGAUCUUCCAAGAAACCUAGAUUGGAGGAAGAAAGGUGCAGUUACACGUGUCAAAGAUCAAGGCCGUUGUGGAAGUUGUUGGGCAUUCUCAGCAGUGGCGGCUGUGGAAGGCAUCAACAAGAUAAAAACAGGAAAUUUAGUUUCAUUAUCAGAACAACAGUUGAUAGAUUGUGAUACUAAAAGUGGGAAUGAAGGUUGCGAGGGUGGCGACAUGUACAUAGCAUUCAACUACAUCAAAAAACAUGGAGGGCUAGCCACUGCCAAAGAAUAUCCUUAUACAGGAACAAAUGGUAAAUGUAACAAAGCCAAAGCUAAAAACCAUGAGGUAACUAUAAGCGGCUACGAAAACGUACCUGCUCGCAACGAGAAAAUGCUAAAAGCUGCAGUUGCCCAUCAGCCUGUUUCCGUUGCAACUGAUGCCGGAGGCUAUGCAUUUCAAUUUUAUUCAAAAGGUGUUUUCUCGGGAAGUUGUGGAAAGGAUCUCAAUCAUGGCAUAACUAUAGUUGGGUAUGGAGAAGAAAAUGGUGAAAAGUAUUGGAUUGUGAAGAAUUCAUGGGCAAAGGACUGGGGGGAAUCGGGUUAUGUUAGGAUGAAGCGUGAUAUUAAGGAUAAAGAUGGAACUUGCGGCAUUGCCAUGGAUGCUACCUACCCUGUCAAGCAUUAA